CCCGGCCCCGGCAGCCGCUUCAGCCGCGGCGCUGGCCGGGCCCGGUGAGGCGGGAGCCUGAGGCGGGGCCCGCCCGCUCAGCUCCGCUCCCCCAGCCCCGCCAUGGCCCCCGCCUGGCUCGGCCGCCUCUGCCUCCUGCUGCUCUGCCUCUGCGGGGAGGCCGCCGCCGGAAGGGACUUCUACAAGAUCCUGGGGGUGUCCCGCAGCGCCUCCAUCAAGGACAUCAAGAAGGCUUAUCGCAAGCUGGCGCUGCAGCUGCAUCCCGACAGGAAUCCCGACGACCCCCGGGCACAGGAGAAAUUCCAGGACCUGGGGGCUGCCUACGAGGUGCUGUCGGACGAGGAGAAGCGGAAGCAGUACGAUGCCUACGGUGAGGAGGGCUUGAAGGAUGGGCACCAGAGCUCCCAUGGAGACAUCUUCUCCCACUUCUUUGGGGACUUUGGGUUCAUGUUUGGAGGUAACCCUCGCCAACAGGACAGGAACAUUCCCCGAGGAAGCGACAUCAUCGUGGACCUGGAGGUGACCCUAGAGGAGGUGUAUUCAGGAAACUUUGUGGAAGUUGUCAGGAACAAGCCCGUGGCCAGACAGGCACCUGGCAAGCGGAAAUGCAACUGCCGGCAGGAGAUGAGGACCACCCAGCUGGGUCCUGGGCGAUUCCAGAUGACUCAAGAAGUUGUUUGUGAUGAAUGUCCCAACGUCAAGCUCGUGAACGAGGAGCGGACGCUGGAAGUGGAGAUCGAGCCAGGCGUGAGGGAUGGGAUGGAGUAUCCCUUCAUUGGGGAAGGUGAGCCCCACGUGGAUGGGGAGCCCGGUGAUCUGCGCUUCCGGAUAAAAGUCCUUAAACAUCCAGUCUUUGAAAGAAGAGGAGAUGACUUGUACACAAACGUGACAAUCUCGCUGGUCGAGGCACUUACAGGCUUUGAGAUGGACAUUGCCCACUUGGAUGGGCACAAGGUUCAUGUUGCCCGGGAUAAAAUUACAAAACCUGGAGCCAAGCUGUGGAAGAAAGGAGAAGGGCUUCCCAACUUUGAUAACAACAAUAUCAAAGGCUCACUAAUAAUAACAUUUGAUGUGGAGUUCCCCAAAGAGCAGCUGACAAACCAGCAGAGAGAAGGUCUGAAGCAGCUGCUGAAACAAGGAUCAGUGCAGAAGGUGUACAAUGGACUGCAGGGAUAUUGAUGUGUGUGUUGGGGGGGAAAAAUUGGACUUAAGGCAAAAAGGUCAGAUUUCUUUGCAGUCUUUUCUCCUGCCCACUGUAGACUGGCCAAGAGGGGGAGGGAGGGGCAAUUGCUGAGGUAUGUAUCCUUUUUUUUCCUUGUAAAUGAUGGAAUUUGGGGGAAAUCCUGCCCUUUUCAGGACACAACUGGUGCUGCCUAUCAUGUUCCUCCACCUGGAACAACAAAGAGACUCCUUGAGCAGGACACAAAAAAACCCAACAAAACAAAAAAGAGAAGAAAAGGUGGGGAAAGGAGUUUAAAAUUCCACACAGCUUGGAAUUUCUGGUUUUUAAAUAUAUUUUGAUGGGACUUUUCUGGACCAUCUCAACA